ACACUACUCUAACCGUUUUUUUUCUUCUCUCAAAUCUCAAAAUCUCAAUUUCUUCAACAAUGUCAUCGAAGAACGGAGUUGUUCGUAGCUGUUUAGGAUCAAUGGACGACAUCAAAAAAGUCUUCCAACGAUUCGACAAAAACGGCGACGGGAAAAUCUCCGUCGACGAGCUCAAAGAAGUGAUCCGCGCUCUCUCACCAACAGCAUCACCAGAAGAAACAGUAACGAUGAUGAAACAAUUCGAUCUAGACGGUAACGGAUUCAUAGAUCUGGACGAAUUCGUCGCGCUUUUCCAAAUCGGAAUCGGAGGAGGAGGUAACAAUCGAAACGACGUAAGCGAUUUGAAAGAAGCGUUUGAGUUAUAUGAUUUGGAUGGUAAUGGAAGGAUCUCGGCGAAAGAGCUUCAUUCAGUGAUGAAGAAUUUGGGUGAGAAGUGCUCUGUGCAAGAUUGUAAGAAGAUGAUUAGUAAAGUUGAUAUUGAUGGUGAUGGUUGUGUUAAUUUUGAUGAGUUUAAGAAGAUGAUGAGUAAUGGUGGUGGUGCUUGAGGAUUUGGAAGAUUUCGCCGGAGAUUAGAUUAGUCGACGGUGAUGAUUCGUAUUAGCAGAUUAAUUUUAGUGACGGCGAUUAAAAACCCUAGAAAACCAUAAACCAUUUCUUGUGACUCCUCGAGUCCUUGAUUUGCGGCACUUCCAGAGUCUUCCACUAUUAUACCUACACCUUAAUUACAACAACUCAGUGGAACUAACAGAUGAUAAAGAAUCUCUCUUUGAAUAAGUACCACCACUUGUGUUUUUGGCUUUUUCCAAUGGAGUUUUCUUAUAUUGCAAUCAAAAGGUUGACCACAACGUGGACAAAUUAUGUCCUUAUAAAGACAAAAUAUGGCAUAUUGGCAUCGCAUCUAUUACACAUUCUCCAAUGAGUAUCGUCUCUAGCAUUUUUAUUCCCAGUAGAAGAUGCUAGCUUGUGCAGAUUUAGUAGUUUCAUUAUCCAACGAGCAAGCUUAUUACUUCUAGCCCCACCGUCUCUAGCACUUAACUUGUGUAUAUUGUAGGAUUGAGUUGUUUCUUUAUCCAACUAGCAAGCUUAUUACUUCUUGCCCCAAUAUUUUGUGGGUUUGGUUGUUUCUGAAUCUCGGUCUUUGCUUCUUUCGAGAUCCUCCUUUGAUCAUAAGAAGUUCUCUUAACCUUAUCAGAUAACAUACACCAAGCUUCUGUAACUGGCUUAAAGGCGCCUUCCGCGCCAUUAAGGUUGUACUUGUCCGGAUGAAGCAAAAGAGCUAACUUCUUGUAUUGUUUCUUCACUGCUUCAUCAUAGCUAAAGGGUCUACAUAAAGAAUUCCAUACCAAUCAGCUUUUUCUUCUCCGUUUGAUGCAAAGAGAUAAACAUUGAUCAUCAUCAACACUUGUCUUUAAACCAUCAAGUUUUGGAUACAAAUUCUGAGCCUUGUUAAUGAAUUUCUUCGCUCCAUUGUAAUCAUUCUCCGAGAGUUUCCUCUCAGCAAUCUCCAUUGGAAACAACUUAGAAAAAAUAAUUAGCUCAGAAUAUUCUUUUGUAUUGGAAACAACUUAGAAAAAAGGAUAUGUUCUUCUCAUAUUGUGUUUCAGUGUGGCUCCAAGCCAAGUUUUCCAGAUAAGUGGUUUCAUCUCCAUUUUGUUUUCCAUGAUUUGCUUUCAAUUUGCCAUAAAUGUGUCUAACACAUUUCCUAUGCUCUGAAAUUUGGUAACCAGUAACAUCACA